CAUCAAUAAAUCUCCCAAUCGACCGGCCCCUCCCUCUGUCGAACCAAACAAAAAGAAGAGCAGUAAUAUAUGCACAGUUAAUCUCAGCCGUCGGAUCAUUCAUCUGCCUUCUCUCGACUACAGAUCUUCGUCGUCUCUCGAAAAAGCCCCUUUCCCCUCUUUCUCACCGCGCCGGCGAGCCCUUCCCUCGGAGGGUUCUGUUGAAUACGUGUUAGAUUCUGAAGAUGCGUAUGACGAUGAUGAUGGAUUGGGGAGUAAUCUCAGCUUUGAAAUCGUUGAAUUAGCGAAUCUAAUCAAUCGUAGUAGUAGUAGUAAGCUUCUUCUUCUUCUUCUUCUUCUAGGGCUUUACUUGAGUCAUCUGUGUAAAUGGGCUGUUUACAUUCCACGGCUGCGAGAGAGUAUCAGGGACAUGAGAACCCUGUCAAGCUAGCUUCUGAGACUGCUUUUAGUGUGAGUGAGGUUGAAGCAUUAUACGAGUUAUUCAAGAGCAUAAGCAGCUCGGUUGUUGACGAUGGCUUGAUAAACAAGGAAGAGUUUCAACUUGCUUUGUUCAAGAACAGAAAGAAGGAAAAUUUGUUUGCCAAUAGGAUAUUUGAUUUGUUUGAUGUUAAACGAAAAGGUGUCAUUGAUUUUGGAGACUUUGUGAGAUCACUCAAUGUAUUCCACCCUAAUGCUUCUCUAGAGGAGAAAACAGAUUUCACGUUUAGGCUUUACGACAUGGACUGCACGGGCUACAUUGAACGCCAAGAGGUGAAGCAAAUGCUGAUUGCCCUUCUCUGCGAAUCUGAAAUGAAACUAGCUGAUGAUACCAUAGAAGUGAUACUCGAUCAGACAUUUGAGGACGCAGAUGUGGAUAGGGAUGGAAAGAUUGGGAAGACAGAGUGGAGCGAUUUCGUAAUCAAGAACCCAUCUUUGCUUAAGAUAAUGACACUUCCGUAUCUGAGGGACAUAACGACCACGUUUCCAAGUUUUGUCUUUAACUCGGAGGUGGAUGAGAUUGCGACAUGACCAAACAAGUUGGUUUAUAGUGACCAAGUUGUAGGCUGGACCAAGAACAAGAGCGAUUGGAACAAUGUUUAUGUAGUAUCAUUCUCUAGAACUUUUUCGUUUCUGGUAUUCUAUUUUAGUGUCACAAUUCUUAGUAUAUUAAGUUGUAGUUCCACGAAACAAUAUUAAUACAAAAUCUCAUUUCUGAUUAAAGAUUUGAAAGAACCGA